CCCUCUGCCUGCUCCGUUGUCUUGGCCUGUGUGUAUCUUUCCCUCUUCGAGGAUUCGCGAGUGACAGUACCUUAUGCACUUCUGCCGCCCUCCUGACUGAUGUAACUUCAAGCCCGCAGUCCAGCAAGCCUCCCGCUCCUCCACCUCCCCACCGACCAACGUUACGUUACCUUGCCCUUUUUCCCCUACCGCCUGUGCCGCAUUUCCCACCCCUCGACUAUUCUUACCCCUUCUGGGGAUAAACUACCUCCACCUCCCCUCUUCCCGUGUCUACUCCAUUCUUACGUCUCUUCGUCCAUUCUGCGACAACCGGCAUGCUCUUCGCCUUCGCCCCUGCCCUCUACCAUCGUGUACCCAGAUGAUGUCCCCCCAAUGACACGAGACGUCGCCUCCGCCGAGUCUCACCUACCAUCUCUACGCCGACUGCCUCGCGCCAGGUGCCCGUGUCCAGCAGAGCCCUUGUGAGCGGGUGGCGCGCGCCGCCACGCCUCCGGCGCCAUGUCUUUCUUGAGCAAAUUCAAAGGAGGAGCAAGCACAUCUACCCCAGCGAAUGCCUCGAGCGCAGGAAAGAAAGACCCACACACCACCCCCGCGACUCCCUUGGAGAAGCACCUCCGAGACGUCGCCGGCCCCCUGCGAACGGAUGGCAGUGACAAGUUUUUUGGCUUCGAAAAUUACGGGUCUACAUGCUACAGCAACUCCAUCGUACAAUGCCUCUACUACUCUGCCCCCUUUCGAUCACACGUCAUCAACUUCCCUCCGAGCGAAUACCUCCCCAAGCCGCCGUCCGCAAACGAUCGUCCCGUCGCCCCUCGAUCCACCAGCGCCAUCCCAUGGCCCAACCUCACCUCACCCGCGCGCAAAGUGCCGCCCGUGCCAGGGACUCCAGCCGCAGCAGGCCAAAAGGAAGAGACAAAGGACUCGCCCGAGUAUCGGAAGAGAAUGGCGUUGCAAGCCGGGCCGGUCUUGGACAUGAUUCAUGAUAAUUCCAACCGCUACGGCAUGGAGGAGUCGCUCUUUACCGGGCUGAAGGACAUUUUCGAGGCCAUCCUGACAAACUCGUCGCGCAUGGGCGUGGUGAGUCCCCACAAAUUCCUCGAGAUUCUCCGACGGGAGAAUGAGAUGUUUCGCUCGGCAAUGCACCAAGACGCACACGAGUUCUUGAACCUCCUCCUUAAUGAAGUGGUGGAGAAUGUGGAGGCUUUCUCCAAACAGCAUCCCCCCAUCAACGGAGUGGCUCACGCGAAUGGCGCGCCAGUGGAGAAUGGGUUGGCGAGGAAAGAGACGGCGACGAAUGGGAUUGACACAAGAUGGGUUCAUGAUCUGUUCGAAGGGCUCCUCACCUCGGAGACUCGUUGUCUUACGUGCGAGAACACGUCGCAACGGGACGAGCCCUUUCUCGACCUCUCUGUCGAUCUGGCCGCGCACACCUCUGUGACUUCGUGCCUGCGCAAGUUCUCCGCAGAGGAGAUGCUGUGCGAGCGCAACAAGUUUCACUGCGACAAUUGCGGUGGCUUGCAGGAAGCGGAGAAGCGCAUGAAGAUCAAGCGCCUCCCGCGCGUGCUGGCCUUGCAUCUGAAACGCUUCAAAUACACCGAGGACCUGCAGCGGUUGCAGAAGCUCUUCCAUCGCGUGGUGUAUCCCUUUUACCUCCGCCUGUUCAACACGUCUGAUGACGCCGAGGAUCCGGAUCGAUUGUACGAGUUAUAUGCCGUGGUUGUACAUAUUGGCGGCGGCCCAUACCAUGGCCACUACGUGAGCAUCAUCAAGACGCAGGAUCGCGGGUGGUUGUUGUUUGACGACGAGCUGGUGGAACCCGUGGACAAGAGCUAUGUGCUGAACUUUUUCGGCGGCGAGCCGAUUCCAGGCUUGCAGGAUGCGAAGCAGCUGGCAUGCGCUUACGUUUUGUUUUAUCAAGAGACGACGCUGGAGGCGAUGCUGAAAGAGCAGGAGAUGGAGGGGCAGAAGCCGGUGCCGACAAGGACAUCGGAGGGCGAGGUGGCCAAGGAUGUUGGACUGAAUAAUCUGCGGAAUGGAGUCACUGCUCAUCCUCCGGCCGUUGCGACGCCAAUCAUACCCGACGAGACGGAUGGGCUUGAAAGCCUGGCGCACGCAGUUACGAUGCCCAGUGUCGCUGCGCCAGCUGUGCAAGCGCCCCUCGAGCCGACGCAGACGACACCUGCGGAGGGUCUUGCUGCUACCAACAAGUCGUGGAAGGAACGCCGGCUGGAAGCGAAAGAGAAGAAGGCGGCGGCAAAGGCGGCGGAGAAGGAGCUGGACGAAAAGCGAAAAGAGGCUUCAGCAAAACGUGUCGAGGCGUGGAAGAAGGCGGAUGCCGAGUUGAAGUCGGCGAUUGAGGCCAGCAAGAUGUCGGCUGUUGAUGAGGCGUCGAAGCGAGGGGACGAGGUUCCCAAAGGACUUGCGGAGAACACGGCACCACCAGGAGGCGGGUUGAGUCGCUUCCGGACCACCAGUCUGAACCUCAAGAACAAACCAAAGUUUCUCAGCGGGAAGGACAGAGGGCCGGCGAGCAUGGAGAAACUCCCGUCGGUGCGGCAGGAAGUGGGGGGGCAGCAGGCGGUUGAUGGUAAUGGUGUUGCGGACGCAGGGGAGCUGAGUCCUGCCACGACGCCAGAGAUGAAGAGCCCGCCGGUGACGACUCCAAUGUCUCCCGAUUCUGCGAGGAGUCCAAUGUCACCCGACUCCGCAUCGAAACGAUAUCGAUUCAGCAUCAGGAAGAAGGAGUCGCAGGGUGUUACAUGAGGUGGA